AUGAGUCAAUUGUCGCCACCCCCCGUUCGGUUGCUACGUCCACAUAUUCUACGUUUGAGAAUUGAUUCUUCUGUCCUUAAGGCGCGUAUACCAAUCCAUCACAAUCAAUCCCGCUGCGGUUUCGCUACCACCACGUCCAAGAAAAUGGCCACUGGAGACGAUUCGAGUACUCAAAUCUUGUACGAGCCCCUUGAAGGAAUUGAGCGGCUCGAGUACUACCGACCAGGAGGCUAUCACCCGGUACAAAUUGGGGACCACUUUCAGGGUCGGUAUAGGGUAGUCCAUAAACUGGGGCAUGGCUCCUAUUCCACUAAAUGGUUGGCCCAUGAUAGACGAAACCAUAAGUAUGUUGCAAUGAAAAUCUGCACAGCAAACUCGAAUCCCAAGGACCCAGGCAUGACAAUGGUCCCUUCCAUCCUAGACACGUUCACUAUUCGCGGUCCGAAUGGGAAUCAUGCUUGCUACAUCACUGCCCCGGCCAGAGCAAGUCUCGCCGGGCUGAAAGAUGGCUCGCAAGGGAUCGUUCAUGGAGACCUUCAUAUGGGCAAUACUCUCCUCAAAACAAUGCCUGGAUUUGACCAGCUCUCAAUUGAUCAGUUAUACGAGAGAUAUGGAGCACCGGAACUAGACCCGAUCGUUCACUUAGAUGGCAAGCCGCUUCCUCCCGGCGUCCCAACCCACGGCAUUGCACCCAUAUGGCUUGGCGAACCUAGUGAAGAAAUUACACUUACAGAAGCCAGGAUCUUGCUUUCAGACUUUGGUGAGGCCUCUGUAUACUCGAAAGAACCGAAGUAUGAGUCCCACACUCCUCUUAUUAUCCGCCCCCCCCCCCCCGAGGCUCGCUUUGAACCAAAUAAGCCUCUGUCUUUCUCAUCGGACAUCUGGACUCUCGCGUGUACCAUAUGGGCUAUCAUCGCCCAAAGGCCCUUAUUCGAAGGGUUCCUCGCGACGGAGGACGACAUGACCCGUGAGCAGGUCGAUACUCUUGGUAUCUUGCCACCUGAAUGGUGGAGGAGGUGGGAGGUGCGAUCACACAAGUUCAUCGAGGAUGGUGUUCCAAUCAAUCGUAAUCACUUCCGGUCAUGGAAAGAUCGGUUUGAGGAUAGCGUGCAACAGCCUAGGCAAGAAUGCGGAAUGUCCUUAUUCGAUGCAACAGAGAGGGACGCGAUCUUUGACAUGCUGAGGCCCAUGUUCUCAUUCAGACCGGAGGACCGAAGCACUACCCAGCAAAUCCUCAAAUCGGAAUGGAUGGCCAAAUGGGCUCUACCUGAAUAUGAGAGAAUCCGGCAACAUGAUUAG